AUGUCACUCCCAAAAACGACUCAAGCGUACAAGCUCGCAUCUUUCGACAAGUCCCUCGAGGGGCUCGUCUUGGACGAGAAGGUCUCGCUGCCAUCGGAGCUGGGCCCUACACAAGUGCUCGUCGAGAUCCACGCUGUCUCGCUCAAUGCCCGAGACUAUCAGAUCGCCACGGGCACGUACCCAGCGCCCACGUCUCCACCCGUCAACCUGGUCCCUGUCUCGGAUGGCGCGGGUUGCGUCCUCGCCGUUGGCUCUUCCGUCAGCACCGUCUCCGUCGAUGACCGAGUGGUAACUCAUCUCACUGCCGACUGGAUUCACGGCGAGAUGGGCAACGAGAUGCAGGCCAACGCCCUCGGCGGCGGUCGCGACGGUGUUCUCGCACGUCACGUUGUCCUCGACCAAUACAACGUGCUGCCCAUCCCCUCGCACCUAUCUUACCGCGAAGCGGCCUGUCUUCCCGUAGCAGGCCUGACCGCAUUCCACUGCCUCUUUGGGCACAACACCAAGACGCUGCAGCCGGGACAGACGUUGUUGGUGGAAGGCACGGGUGGGGUGUCCAUCGCCGCGCUGCAGCUGGCCCUCUCCGCGGGCGCGAGACCCAUCGUCAUCUCCAGCUCGGACGCCAAGUUGGCACUGGUGCAACAGCUCGGUGUGCCCAAGGAGGACUGUGUCAACUACGGCAACGACCAAAAGUGGUGGGAGACAGUUCGCUCCCUCACCCCACGCAACCAAGGGGUCGACCACACAGUCGAAAUUGCCGGCGGCACCACCCUCACCCGUGCCCUGCUAGCCGCCAAGGCCGGAGGUGCAGUAUGGGUUGUCGGGUAUAUGGACGACUAUUCCCCCACCAAACAGCCCGACGACCUGCCAGACAUCGCCAAAGCCAUACUCUACUCUCAGGCCCAAGUGACAGGGGUCGUGUGCGGAAGCUAUAGGUUGUUCCAGCAGUACCUGGAUGCGCAUACCGCCGCGCAGGGCAGGGUCGAGACGGGCACGGCAAAGACCAACGUGCUCAAGCCCUUCGUGGUGGAUGAACAGGUGUUCGGGUUCGAUCAGGCAAAGAAGGCAUUCGAGACGCAAGGGUCCGGCAAGUUCGUAGGCAAGAUCCUCAUCGACGUCGCUUCCAAGUGA